AUGAGUUUGAUCGCCAAAAUCGUCACCAUGAUGUGGUUCAAGGUCGAGGACGCCCUCGUCGCUCGAAUUCUUCAAAUGCCCCAGUUCCACCAUGGCGUCCGCAAGAUCCACCGCACCGUCGAAGAGUUCCGUCACGGUCGUGAUCCCAACGAACCACUGCGCGAAGGCGAGGCUACCGAGGAUCCCAAUCUACAGAAGCCACAAGUUCAGAGCUUCGUCAAAUUCUUUAUCGAAGAAAUGCGCAACCAGGCGCGGGGAACGCCAACCGACAUCGAUAACCAGCCUUUACCUCCCAAGAAGCGACCGUGA